AUGUCUGAGGAGAAACUGAUGGAGAUAGAGGCACUUGGUGCCAUCUAUAUGGAUAGCUUUCAAGUGAUCAACGAUGAUAAUAUACAGAUAACUCUACUGCCAAACCCAAGUGGAGAAGACAACCAUGGUAUGAUAAUCAUUGUUGCUGUUAUUGUCAUCAACGCGUUGAUGAAUGCGCAUACAGAUUCACUAACAUAUGACACAACUAAUGAUGAUGAUGAUGAUGAUGAUGAUGAUUAUACAGUUGGUGUGAUACUAGACAUUAAAUAUACAGCAGACUAUCCCAACUCAGUACCAAUUAUCGAGUUGAUACCAACUGAGAAGUUGACAAAGGAUAGAAUAGAAGGACUCAUUUCAGAUGUAAACAAUCAAGCCACAGAGAACAUAGGUACAUCAAUGAUAUUUAUAUUGGCUGGAACAAUCAAAGAAUGGUUGGACAACAAUAAUACUGAUUUGGUAGAACAGGAGGAUGAUGAGGCAGAGGAGUCAUCAUCAGAGGAAGAGGAAUACGUAUUUGAAGGUACACCAGUGACAAUUGACACGUUUAAGGAGUGGAGAAAGCGAUUCCUGGCAGAGAUGCAGCCAAUGAAGAAGGAGGUCGCCGCAAGCAAGUUGAACAAACUGACGGGUCGUCAGCUGUUUGAGAUCGACUCGACGCUGAUCCUGUCCGACUCCAAGUUCAUGGAGGAGGGCGAGGAGACAUCAAACAUCUCUGCCUCGACCGUCAAGCCCAAGCUCGAAGAUGUUGCAGCACAAGUCGACUGGAGUCUAUUUGGAAACGAUGACCUGCCCGAAGACCUUGAUGAUAUUGAAGAGGAUAAUUGA